UUCGUUAUGUAACCUUGUCACUGCCAACGGCGUCGGCGCGUACGCACGAUUGAGCAGCGAGUUUAGUUUAGGACCGACCAAAAUACAACACAGUGACAUUAUUUUAGUCAAGACAACACAAAUCGUGGAAACAAUUAGUUAGUUUCCGUAUAUCGGGAUCAUCAGCGGCCAGAUCCAGAGUAAUUUAAAGUCAGUGUUUUUACACAAGCAAUGUAAUUAAAUUUCCGCAAUGAUUUGGACGAUAUUAGCCAUAACAACUCUGACGGUUGUUAGUGUAAAAGUGUUCCAAAGACUUACAUGCGGCGUGUGUCAAUCCAGUGCGCGUUUGGACGGCAAAGUUACGAUAGUGACUGGAGGUACAAGUGGCACUGGCUUGGAGACAGCGCGAGGGCUGGCCCAGCGCGGCGCCAGGGUCAUCAUCACAACCAAAAGCAGUCGCCGUGGAGCUGCUGCCGUCGAGGAAAUCAUACAAACCACCGGCAACACAAACGUCUCCAGCCGACUACUAGAUUUAGCCUCCUUACAAUCCGUAAGACAGUUCAGCAAGAUCAUAACGAAAACAGAGAAACGCCUCGACAUACUUAUCAACAACGCCAGCGCAUUCGGCCUUGGCAAUCACGUCACUAAAGACGGACUGCAAGUCGGUAUGCAGGUCAACUACUUCGCACCUUUUCUCUUGACCUGCCUUCUGUUGCCACUCUUGAAAUCUUCAGCGCCCAGUCGGAUUAUAAACGUGUCAUCUAUCAAACACAACUAUGCUGUGAUGGAUUUUGACAAUCUCAACAUGGAGCGAUAUUGGAGCGACAUACUGACUUACGCGAAUAGUAAACUAUAUUUAAUAAUGAUGACUGUAGAAUUAAGUCGUAGAUUAAAAGAUACCGGUGUAACAGUGAAUGCUUUGCAUCCAGGGGUUUCUUCGAGUGCUAUUUUUAAAAAUAUACCUAAUGAUGCCGUCAGAAAAGUGAUGGAAAAAAGUGUAGGGUUUAUGUAUCAGAAUCCCAAGGAAGCGUCUCAAACGACUUUGCAUUUGGCGGUGACCCCUGAGGUAGAAACCGUGAGUGGUCAGUACUUCAGCAAUUGUCGUAAAGCGAAACCAUCCAAGGUGUCCCAAGACCCGUUGUUAAGUAAACAGUUAUGGGAAGAAACCGAAAAAUUAGUUGGCUUUUCAUUGCCUGACUGUAGUAAAUUAUAAUU